AUGGAGCCCACCACCAAAGCACGAUCCAAACAAUCCUUAACCACCUCAGCGAUGUCUAAGCCAUCGCCAACGCAGACCGUGCUCAGCAGCCAAUCACCGACCACUGUAGCCUCAGCCGGCCAAUCAGGCAGCACGACACCAUCAUCACACGCAACACUAGCCAGCAAGUCCUCAGUUCCCUCAACUAAUCAAGCAGUGAUACCAGCAAGUCAGUCAUCCUCCAGCCAAACAACAGCAAAACCUUUCACAGUCAACCAAUCCGUAGAUUCUCAAUCUACUCAUCAAACAGCCAACUAUUCCAGAAAUAGCUCACAAACACCAGACAAAUUGACCACCUAUCACUACCCAGCACCUUCUGACUCAACUCUGAUUGACCCAUCUAUCCAAGUAUCAACUAAGACAACAGGAAACCCUGCAAACAGAAUCUUCUCUCAUGAUGAACGUCCAAUUAAUGCUUCAGUUUUCACCAGAAGGGCAAAAGAAGCUCUGAGGUUUCAUAUGAUUUCAGAGUCAUGUUCCUUCCGAUGCUUGAAUGGUGGUUGGUGCACUCAGUCUAAGUCAUGUGACUGCAGCCUUUUUCAGGCCACUGGAAAUAGGUGUCAGACAGUUCCAAAUCCUGGCCUGGAGAGGGAGAUGACAUGCAGGACUUGGGGUCAAUACAACUUUGAGACCUUUGACGGCCUUUACUAUUACUUCCCUGGCCGAUGCUCGUAUACACUACUGAAAGAUUGUGAGGAAACUUCUCAGGCCAGCAUUGUUGUCCAGGUGCACAAUGAUGCAGGCUGUGGCGCCGAGCCUUACAGCUGCCAGCGCUCAGUCAGCCUCUUCCUUCCAUGGGAAGGUGAGAUCCAGUUGCACGCCACUGAUGUGACAUUCAAAGGUCAAAGCUUGCAGCUUCCACAUCACAUCCAUAACCUACACCUGGAGCAGAUUUCCCAGUACGUGUUAGUGAAACAAACGCAAGGCUUCACACUAGCCUGGGAGGGACACAGCGGCUCAGUCUACAUUCAACUCAGCCCAGAAUUUGUAGGCAGAACCUGUGGCCUGUGUGGGAACUUCAAUGCCGAUGUACAGGACGACCUCAGGACCAGCUAUGGUGUCCUUACUCAUGAAAUAGAAAUGUUUGGAAACAGCUGGGCGGAGACAGAACCACUUCAGGCUUCGUGUCCCAUGGUGCCCUUGAGUUUUCCCUCACCUUGUACAGCAGUUGAUGUGCAUAUCUUGCUGAAAGUGGAGGAAAUAUGCCUAAUGCUGCUAGAUCCACCAUUUCAAAGCUGCCACGACUUUGUCAGCCCUUUGUCCUACAUGGCCAGCUGCUUCAACGACAUCUGCUCGUCGGGUCCAAGCGAUGAUGCGGUAUGUCAAGUGUUUACGGAGUACUCCCGAGCCUGCGCCCAUGCUGACCAUCCACUCAACGACUGGAGGGACCAUAUUCCUCAGUGUGUGAAGGAGUGUCCGGUAGGUCUGCAGUACCUGGAAUGUAUCAGCUGUUGCCCGUCAUCCUGCAAGCUGGAGCGAACAUGCAUCGAUAGCAGGCUGACCUGCCUGGAUGGAUGUCACUGUCCCGAUGGUUUGAUAUUUGAGGAUGGCAACUGUGUGACGCCUUCUGACUGUCCAUGUGAGUCCCAUGGUGUCUUCUACCCAUCUGGACAUACCAUACAAGAGGAAUGCAACAAUUGCACAUGUGUGGCUGGAUUGUGGAAUUGCACUGAAUACAACUGUCCAGGCGAAUGCUCUGUGACUGGCGAUAUGUAUUUCCAGUCAUUCGAUGGGCGUGUCUACACCUUCCCCGCAACGUGUCAGUAUGUCCUUGUCAAGAGUCGCAACUCAAGGAAGUUCACAGUCACCAUCCAGAAUGCCCCUUGUGGAGCUAAUCUGGAUGGGUCUUGCAUCCAGUCUGUGAGCUUAAUUAUUGAUGAGGAUCCUAAACUGGAGAUUACACUGAGCCACAUUGGCGAAGUCUUCAUUGCCGGGCAGUAUCGCAUCUCCCUACCCUACUCUGACGACAACUUCCACAUUCAAGAGCUCUCAUCCAUGUUCCUCCAAGUGAAGACAAUGUUCGGCCUACGUCUGCAGUACAGCUGGAAAGAGUUUCGUCUCUACUUGCAGGCCAAUGCGCAAUGGAAGGAUGAUACAGUGGGGCUUUGUGGAACCUUCAACGGCAACAUUCAAGAUGACUUCUUUCAUCACCUACUCUUGUCUCCCUUCAGAUCUCCAGCUGGUAUGAUAGAAAGCACUCCUUUACUGUUUGGAAAUGCCUGGAGGGUCUCGUCAGCGUGUACGCCCAGCUUGAUCACUCCUCAGCUUGACCCCUGCGACACACACCAACAAGCUGUGGCCUAUGCAUCCGAGAUGUGUGAUAUUCUGAACCGGGAUCUGUUCUCUCCCUGCCAUGAAUACCUCAGUCCAGUGCCAUUUCACCAGCAGUGCCGUUCAGAUACCUGCAAAUGCGGAACAGCUUGCCUUUGCUCUGCUCUGGCUCACUAUGCUCGCCACUGCCGCCGAUUUUCCAUAGUCAUUGACUUCCGGUCACAUAUACACGACUGUGCGGUCACCUGCCCCAUCACCAUGCAGUACGGCGUGUGCGUGUCAUCCUGCCAACGCCGUUGCUCCGCCCUUUCCUCCUCGCAGCACUGUGGGGGGGAGUGCGAAGAAGGCUGUGUCUGCCCGCUGGGAUUAUUCUACAACCAGCUAACACACACUUGUGUGCACAGGAAUGAGUGUCCCUGCACUUUCCUCGGUGCUGAUUACGAACCAGGAGACGUGAUCAUGACAUCAGCAGGUGUUCAGCUGUGUCUGGAUGGUAAAUUUGUGUCACAAACAACAGAUGGUGACAGGUUAUGCCCUGAGAGUCAGUUAUACCACAACUGCUCUGAGGAUGAGAAUGGCCUUCUUCCAGGACGAGGUGUGGCCUGUGAGCGUACUUGUGAAUCUUACCUCCUCAACCUGACCUGCUCAGCACAUGAGCCAUGUCUAAGUGGAUGUACUUGCCCAUCUGGCUUGUUGAAACAUGGAGACGACUGCUUUGAGCCUGAUGCGUGCCCCUGUCUGUGGAAAGGAAAAGAGUAUUACCCUGGCGACAAAGUGUCUUCCCCCUGCCAUCAGUGUAUUUGUCAGCAUGGGACCUUCCAGUGUGUGUUCCGUCCAUGUCCAUCCAUGUGCACAACUUACGGAGAUCGUCAUUACAGAACCUUUGAUGGCCUGCUCUUUGACUAUGUUGGUGCUUGUCCAGUUUAUCUUGUAAAGAGCAGUGCCGAUAUGAUUUUCAGCGUGAUAGCAGAAAACAUCGACUGUUUUGAGAAUGGCAUGAUCUGCAGGAAAUCUUUGUUGAUCAGCAUUGGAAGAUCCUUCAUAGCUUUUGAUGAUGACACUGGGCAGCCUAACCCAUCAAGUGUCAUAGGAAAGAAUCAGAAGAUGGUCAUCUGGCCUGCCGGCUACUUCUCUGUGAUUCAUUUUCCAGAGGAGGUCAUCACCAUCCUAUGGGACCGUAAAACCACGAUCCACAUUCAGGUUGGACCUCGUUGGCAGGAGAAGCUGAGUGGUCUAUGUGGAAACUUUGACAUGAAGACAGUGAAUGAGAUGCGCACACCCGACCACAUGGACACAACAACAUCACAAGAGUUCGGAAAUAGUUGGACAGCAGCUGCGUGUGUGAAUGGUCCAGAUAUGAGACACCCGUGCACUCUGAAUCCACUCAGAGAGCCGUUUGCCAAGCAGCAGUGUGCUGUCCUGCUCAGUGAGGUCUUCCAGGCCUGCCACCCAGUGGUGGAUGUUACCUGGUUCUACAUGAACUGCCUGGCAGACACAUGUGGUUGCAAUCGUGGAGGAGAUUGUGAAUGCUUUUGCACUAGUGUGGCAGUGUACGCUCAACGAUGCUGUCACCAGCGUAUUCCUGUCGAUUGGCGCGCCCCCUCUCUGUGCCCAUUUGAUUGUGAAUUCUACAACAAAGUUCUUGGUAAAGGCCCUUUUAGGUUUCUCCCCUUCAGAGAUCGGACUUCGGCGCUUGUUGCCAGCAGGUCCAGCGGCUCAGUAUUUGUGAAGCGAGGAAACCUCAGUGACACCGCCGACACCCUCUCACAUUUUAUGAUGACACCAGGCCUGAGCAGAGCCCGACCACAUGACACAUCGCGGAUAUCCUUUGAGGCAGCGCAUAGACCCAAUUAUUUUCUGUACGUGAGCCCCAGUGGCCAGGUGAAGCUGGUCAAGUGGGCAGAAAGCGAGGCUUUCUGGGAACGAGCCACCUUUGUGCUCCACAGGGACACCUGGGUCUCAGGCUAUGACUCUCUGGAGUCCCACGCAAAGCCUGGGUUCUUCUUACAUGCCACCCUCCCUCGCCUCCACCUGCUCAAAUAUCGUUACACAGACAGCUUCCGCAAGGCCACUCUUUUCAAACUUGCAGGCUCUGGCCCAGAUGACCUGCCUCGUCCACAGUGCCAGUGGAGAUAUGACUCCUGCGUCAGCCCGUGUUUCAAAACUUGCAGCGACCCAUCAGCGGAAGCCUGUGUUGCCAUCCCACGAGUGGAGGGCUGCCUUCCUGUCUGUCCCCCACAAAUGGUCCUGGAUGAAGUUACUCGUCGUUGUGUCUACAUUGAAGACUGUAUCAAAGCCCCAGUUAUUUUGCCCAUCAUUCCAACCAGUGCCAUACCAAGUUCUAGGACUAUAUCCUCUGCGCCGACCACUGCAUCACUCAAGACCACCACUAGUCUAUCUGCCCCUUCUUGGUCUACUCCAACCACCAAAAUCACCACCACUGUUCUUGCUGUGAGCACGCCACCAUCAAUUUCUGAUGAGUCAACUCAACCAACCAUCCCCUCACCUGCUGCACUUCCUGAACCUUCCAAAACAGCAGCACCUCUUGCACCAUUGCCUCCCACUUUAAGGCCUGAAGUGGAUGAACCUCUGUCCACUCUAAAAGUUACCAAAGACCAUACCGCUGCUAAGAGUGCCACCAUCAGCCCCUUUGGAUCCAGCACCUUCAGGUUUAGUAGUACUCCCUUUGUAAUCACUUCUCUUUUCUGGUUAACUUCCUCCACCAGGCCCACUGUCUCCCUCCGUCCUCGCGUCACCACAAAAGCCACGCCCACCACAACAUUAACCACUAGCUCUUAUGAGGGGGCAACAUCCGCUUUUCCGCUUGCCACUGAGAAGUCCACAGAGACAAAACUUCCAUUUGUGGUGUUCCCAUUUGGAACCACUUCUCAUACACCGCCAGUUUCAGAGACUUCAACAGUGACAGACCGGACCACCCUACCCAGAUCUACUGACACUACAUACACUGAAUCUAGGAGCACAAAGCCUUUAACACUAGGGAGAACUCCUCCAAUGUCCCCAAUCGCACCUGCCACUCCUGGUUUACUAAGUACAGCCUCUUCAACCACUUCCCCCCUGUUUGCACCACCUCCUUUCAAAACAACAACCGCAUCAACAGUCACUUCACCAACAACCACAGAGUCAGUCACUCCAGUUGAACCCUUUAAAACCAGCACAACAACACAGUUCAUUAGUCCAAAGACUAUGACUCCCCCUGUUGCUGAAUUCACCACUGAGAAGGUAAUUUUAACCACCCCAGCUGCUCCUGAGCUACCAACAUCAUUGCCAAUCUAUUUUGCUUGGACUUCAACUGUCCCCAGUCCGACCUCGGCAGCCUCAGACCGGCGAUCAACUACAAAAACAACAACCGUACUUGAAUCUACCACGUCCAAAAUAACUGCUGCCACCAUAUUACUGACUGCUCAGCCACCCCCUAAAUUUACAGCCACAAUUCCCGGGUCUACUUUGAUUCAGUCUUCAACUUCAAGAUCUCCAACAAUAGCUGUAGCCACCACUGUGACAACCAGUCCAAUUUUAUCUGCAAAGUCAACUGCCCCACCAGUUAGUCCCAAGGAGACCAUUCUUCCUCCACUAUCAUCAAGCUCCACUACGCAGACUUCACAACCAUGGCAUCCUCCCGGUUUCCUUACCUCUUCCAGCCAGUUGUACAGUCAUACAAAAAAGACAACAGUACAGCGCACCUCUCAAACUGUUCCACAUGUGGUCAGUUUGACUAAAACAACUGAAGUACCUCGACUUCCAGUGCCAAGGCCAGUCAUCACCUCUGCUACAGCAACUGCAGACACUACUACAACUGCUAAGACUACAUCUUACAGGAUGCCUACUACAGAAUUUAAAACCAAGACACAUAUUACUUCAGUGCGUCCCCCUAAACCCGAAGUUCCUGGUACUUUUCUCACAAUAGGGCCUACAAGACCUGUCACUGUAACCACCACCCACAGGCCUGUUACAGUACAACCAGUCGCAGUGACAAUGCAUCCAGUAACGAGCAGCGUGGAAUUUACAAGAGACACAACAACGCCAAUUUCAUCUGUUUCUCUACCUGACAUAACGUCUUCAACAUCCAGAAAACCAACUUUCCCUAUCAAGGUCACCACACAGCUUGCGUCAACUGUAAGAUCUACAUUUGCUGCAACAACUACAACUACAACCACACAGUUGACCUCGAUUAGACCGACACAGAGAGUUCCAGUGACAAGAGUUACACCCAAAAUCAUAUCAACCGAGAGGCCAAUCACAGCAAGGGUAACUAUAGAAACAAGACCGCUGACAGCAACCAUCAAAACAAGCAGUUCACCAACUGUCGCGCCACAGCCAAGUAAAACAACUGUAUUUGGAGCUCCAUCUCCAACCACAUCAGCAGAAUCAUUAACCUCAGUGAGCACAACAGCCCCUGCAGACACAACAACAAUGCCCACCACAGUGGUCCCACCUCCUAUGCCUGAGGCAACCAUACCAAUCUCUGGCCUGACAACCACAAAAUCUGAAGCGGCACCAGGCAUUUCCCAACCAGUAACAUCUCCACCACUUGCCAUAACCAUCCAGACUCAGAGACCUGCUAUUACUCCUGCUAUAUUGUCUGUUCCUGUAACCAGAACAGUCCAAACAACUGUGCUGGAUAGGAUGAAUCGUACCAGUCCUGGUGUAACAACAUUGGAAAAAUCCAAGCCUACAUCAGAUAGUGUAACAGCCCCAGCUGUAUCUGUCACAAGGAUGUGUACGCCUCCAUACGCAGAGAUUGUUGAUGAGUGCACCAAGUUCAUCUGUGUGGACAGCCAGCUCGUCUUGUUCAAUAAGUCCCAAAGCUGCUCCUUCUCCUCUGAGCCGAUGAACUGUGGCCUUCUUGGUUUUGCCAUAUUGUCUAAUGGUGACAAAUGUUGCCCCCUGUGGGACUGUCCAUGUCGCUGCUCUUUGUUUCCAGAUUUGAAUGUGAUCACAUUUGACGGAAGUAGUGUUGCCAUCUAUAAAGCUGCCUGGUUCAUAGUGAGCCAGUUACCCAAUGAGACAGUCAGUGUUUUGGUACAGGAGUGCCCUGCUGGAUCAGACUCACAACUUCGGUGGAAUUUUACAAACCUAUGUUUGGUAACACUCAACAUUACCCAUAAUUUCGACCACAUCAUUAUCGACAGGCUCCAGAGGAGGCUGUAUGUCAACUCACGAUAUGCCAGGCCUCGUUUUAAAAAGCUUGGUUUUGAGAUCUACGACACAGGCAACAUGUAUCUGAUCCGAAGCCCUACUGGUCUCAAGCUGCAGUGGUAUCACAGCACUGGAAUGAUGGUGAUCGACAGUGGAAGCCCCAGCUCCAGCAAGAAGCUGCCUACUGUGGGCCUAUGUGGUUUCUGUGAUGGAGAUCCAAGUAAUGACCUGACUCUGGCCAAUGGCACCACUGUGGGGAGGAACGUGGAUCCAUCGCUCUUCAUCAGUAGCUGGGAGGUUCCCAACACUACUAGCUAUGUCAGUCACAGUCGACGCAGAGAGUUCAACUGCUCCACCAGUGACUGCUCACGGUGCCUGGUCAUGGUGCAGAAACCGGUCUUCUUCCCCUGCCAUGCCUUUGUUUCCCCGAGUACUUUUUGUGAGGUUUGGGUCCAAGAUGCGGAGUAUGUGAACAACCAGUGUGUGGCACUGGCUGCCUACGUAGCCUCUUGCCACAAAUUCAACGUCUGUAUUGAGUGGAGGAGACCAGAUUACUGUCCCUUCAUGUGCCCUGAAACGCUGCAAUAUCAUGCCUGUCUGCCGGUCUGCACAGCUCAGUCAUGUCCAAACCAGAAUUUUGAUUUAGACCCAGACCAAUGUUCAGGCCUCACUGAGGGUUGUGCCUGCCCGGAAGGAACGCUUCUCCAUCGGCCAUAUACUGCCCUCUGCAUAGCCCCCAACAAGUGUGCCUGCACUGACAGUUCUGGCAUUCCACGUGCACACGGUGAGGUGUGGAAGGCCUCAAAGGACUCCUGCUGCAUGUACCGCUGCGACAAGGACACGGUCAUCCCUGUGGAGUACAACUGUUCCACCACGACGGCGCCUGUGUGCCAGCGAGCAGGAGAGGUGGUCGUCAGCCUGGCAGAUGACACCAGUUGCUGCCCCCGUAAAGUCUGUGUGUGUAAUCAGACUCAUUGUGACCUCCUGCCUCCUGACUGUAAAUAUGGGGAGAAGCUGGUGUCAUACUACCGAAAAGACUCGUGCUGCCCAGACUAUGUGUGCGAGUGUGAUCCCACAAGUUGUGAGGCCGAUAUUCCCACCUGUAGAAGUGACCAGUCCUUGGUCACGACCAGAACUCAUGACAGUUGCUGCCUGACUCACAUCUGCAUCUGUUCAUCUUGUGUGGACACUCCUCCACUGUGUCGGGAUGGGGAGGUUCUGACUGUGGGCCCUAACACCAAGGACCACUGCUGCCCCACCUACCAAUGUGUAUGUGAACCUUCUAGAUGUCCUCAACUCAGCUGUCCAAUUGGGAUGGCACUGGUGUCAGUGACCAGUUCAGAUCACUGCUGUGCCAACCACACAUGCGUGUGCUCCUGUGACAAGAUUGCUCCUCCCAAAUGUGAACUGGGAGAGGCUCCUCAGCUGGAGCAGGCCUUCCUGUCUGACCCACAGAAUCAAUGUGCCUGCAAAAGGUACAAGUGUGUGCGAGAGGCGGUAUGCGUGUACCAGGGGGUGGUACAGGGGUUGCUGCGACCCGGUCAGACCCUGGUGGAACAUCGUGAGGACGGCUUAUGCUACAGCCGGCAGUGCAGCCGCACCCUGGACAUGUCAAGUGGCUUUCACAUUCUCCGGACCAGCAGCACCAACUGCUCGGCCCUCUGUAAAAUCAAUCAAAUCUAUAUCCCCGCAAAAGACCAAUCUACGUGCUGUGGAGUUUGCAAGAAUAUAUCGUGCCUUUACACUCAUGAAAAUGGGACAACAAUGCUCUAUAAGCCAGGGAAAUCUUGGGUGUCCAACUGCCUGAAGUUUGAAUGCUCAGACACUCUGUCUGGUCCAACACUGAUCUCCUACCCCUUCAGCUGUCCCCCCUUCAACGAAACAGAGUGUAUGAAGAUUGGAGGAACUAUCUUAAGUUACAUGGACGGAUGUUGCAAGACAUGCAAAGAAGAUGGGAAGUCGUGUCAGAAGGUGACAGUGAGGAUGACUAUCAGGAAGAAUGACUGUCGCAGUAACAGACCGGUCAACAUAGUUUCAUGUGACGGGAAGUGUCCGUCAGCCAGCAUCUACAACUACAACAUCAACACUUAUGCGCGUUUCUGCAAGUGUUGUCGGGAGAUGGGGCUGCAGCGACGCUCUGUGCAGCUCUACUGCAGUGGCAACUCCACCUGGGUCAGCUACGCCAUUCAAGAACCCACCGACUGUUCCUGCCAGUGGUCCUAGAACGGAUAUUGCGAUGAACAGAGGUUUGGGUCCUAUCUAAAGAGCCUCAACAGAGUAUUUCAAGUAAUCUGCCGGCAACCGUGCAAAAAAGCUGUUGCAUCUCUGGCAGGGAAGUGAUCGGUGAAGAAACACCGAGCUGGCAGCUGCAAACACACUGCGCACUGUGACAUUUGAACUCUGACCUCUUGAGGCUAGAGAGAGACAGAUUUACAUUGCAGGGAUAGAAAUAGUCACAAAAUGUUAAAGAGAAUAACCCAAAUAAGAAUGAUGUGCUUUAUUGAAGAAAUCUAAGGGAAUUUAGGUAUACAGGAACAAUUUAAUUUGAUGACUGGCAUUAAGAGUGACACACUGCUGUGUUUACAAUUAUUUUAAAAUAGGUUGAGUGUAGAUGUAGAUGUUACAUCCAAUAAGUGUGUAUGCAUUGUGAAGCCCUUUUAGAAAACUGUCUGUGGUCCAUCUUUUAUAUUCGUUUUUGUCAAUUUUUUAAAAAAUGAUUUUAAAUAUAAAAUUCCUCAUACAUCUCACAUAUAUUAAAGUGAAAAACUGUAUAUUUGCAUAUGGGAAUUAAUGUUUACUAUAUUCUAUACUAUAUUCAAAUAAUGAUUGUGACUUGAUUUAAAUCCAGUUGUGUGUGUGGAGCACUUUAUUUAUUUAUUGGGGACUGACAAUUAAAGCAUUGUAUCAAGCCACCAAGCUGAAAAUAAGCAUUCCAACUAAGAACUAAAACACCAACUAAUAAGAAUCCCAUUAAAAUGUCAAGAAUUUUGGCUUUGGUAUUUCAUUGAUCUUUCCUUUUCAACUGACUUGCUAAAUUGCUGUUGAUAUCAACCAAAAAUGAUAAAUACAAUU